GGAUCCACUUGCUGUGAGGCAACAGUGCUAACCACAACACCACCGUGCCGCCCCAAAAUGCUGAACUUGUGAUACUAAAUGCACUUUAAAAAAUAUGACAGUUUUCUUUUUCAGUUCAGUGUGGAAACAAGCAUAACUUCCUGAAUCUAAAGAGGAGGCAGACCAUACAGGAUGGCGGUGGUGAUGCAGCUCGUCUCCUUUCUCUCCCUCUUUGUCUCCAUUACAGUGUCUGAUGGGAUUUUUAAACUGGUUAACAGUUCUGUUCAACUGGAUGUACAGACAAAAGAUUAUGAGUUUGAUGACUUCACAUGGAAAUUUAACAAAAGUAAAAACGUUGUGAAAUACUAUAAAAAUUAUCCAAGUAAAGUAUACAUAGAGUAUAAAAACAGAGUGGAGGUGAAUGAGAAAACCCAAAGUCUGACAGUGAAGAACUUGCAGAAGACUGAUAGUGGACUCUAUGAAGCAGAGGCAUCUGGUGAACAAGAACGAAUUGUGGCCUCGUACCAAUUAACUGUGUUGGAUCCAGUGGAGAAACCAGUCCUGAAUGUUUCUCCCCAGCAAAGCAAUGGCAUCUGUAAUGUGACUCUCAGCUGUGAAGCUCAGAAGCUCUCAGUCACCGCUCACUGCUACAGUGAUAGUUGUGAUAUGAAGGAAAAUGAAAAGGCUGUAGAUGGGUUCCUUUCCCUCUCACUGUAUGUCAGUAACAGCUUCAUUAUUUGUAAUCAUAGCAACCCAGUCAGCUGGAAAAAUACAACCAUAAAGAUGGAAGAACUGAAAAAACGUUGCCCUUCUAAUGGUAUAAAAUUCACUGGAAGUAAAGCAGAAAUAAAUGUGUCUGUCACAUCCAGCUCCACCACUGAUCCAGAAGCUACUGCUCUCCAAUCCGCUCUGCAUCCAGCACAGACUUUAUAAUGAACUAAUUCACCUCAACACGAACCCACCUGUUUCCUGAUUUCAGUCAUGAUACAGAGUAGCUAUUGAAGAUGCGCCUUUUCACUUACUCUUUGCUAUGAUUUGUUUUCUUUGAAAAUUCAUUUCUGAGAGUUUUUCAGGGGUUUUUUUCUGGCUUUUGUUUGACCAUGUUCAUUUCCUGGUUUAUGAUUCUGUUUUGCUUUAUACUAUCUGUCUUAUGACCUUGUUCUGCCUGAAGGUGAUGAUAAAUAAAGCUUGCAUAGGUCCAUGUGAUGGAAUUUGUGACCUUUUCCCUUCUGUGAUUUUUUUCCCUGACAGGUGAUUUAUAUUUGUGUUUGAUCUAGCUGUUGAUUUUGCUGUAAAACAGAAAAUCAAGUGUAUCCUUGUAUCAUCAUAGAUAAGGAGUCAAAUAUCACAAAUGCUUGUCAUCUCAUCAUCUCUAGCCGCUUUAUCCUGUUCUACAGGGUUGCAGGCAAGCUGGAGUACAGCGGGGUACACCCUGGACAAGUCGGCAGGUCAUCACAGGGCUGCCCCAUAGACACAGACAACCAUUCACACUCACCGUCAAUUUAGAGUCACCAGUUAACCUAACCUGCAUGUCUUUGGACUGUGGGGGAAACCGGAGCACCCGGAGGAAACCCACGCGGACACGGGGAGAACAUGCAAACUCCGCACAGAAAGGCCCUCGCCGGCCACGGGGCUCAAACCCGGACCUUCUUGCUGUGAGGCGACAGCGCUAACCACCACACCACUCAUGGCCGUAACUACCAUUGAGGACACCGAGGUCAUGUCCUCGGUAUUUUUUUCAGAAAUUUAAAAUUGGUCUACAUUGAAUUCGAGCAGUGAUCAAUGUAAAACGCAGCGUCCACAUCCACAUGUCAUCUGUAUUUCCCCCCAAUAAAAUUCACAUUUGUCUAAUGUCAUCUGAAAUCUCUCAGCCUCUAUCUUUAUCAUUGCCGUGUCUAACGCAGCGUCAUGUGACGUAGCCUAUACUAGUGUCGGCCGGGGAAGUUGGGUUUUGGA